UGUAGUUCAUCACUGGUACCCCUCACUGCAAGACUGUGAGUCCAGCCUCUUUGCAUCAGGAUUGAUGCCUCUGGUGGCUUUUUGGUGAGCAGGACGCGGCGGGACAGCAGGACACCAGCUUUGGCCUAUGGGAAUACUCCACUUCUCACCUUAGGAGAGAAAUUAUACAAUAAUCAGAUUUUGAAUAAAAGGAUUUACUGUACUGACACCAUCAGCACCUCCAAAGAAACCAAAUUUCUCUGCUCCUCUCCACGGGCGUAGCCUUUUCCCCAGAUUUUCUUAGGCAACCAUGUCUCGGAGAAAGGUGAGAGGCCUGACCCGUACGGGCCGUCAGGUCAGCGAGGACCCAGACCUGGACAACCUGCUGUCCACGCUCUCCCCCGAGGAGAUGGAGGAGCUGGAGAAGGACAUGAUGAAAGUGCCAGACCUCAACCCAGAGGAUGGGAAGAUCAUCUUCCAAGGGGAGAGCCAGCAAGCCCAGCCACCUACGAGCAACAACGUCCGGGACUCUAAACUGGACAGCAGACGGGAGAGUGAUCCUAAAGGGAGGCUCAGUCAGAGGGAACAGUCAUUUGAGGGUGAGCCAAAGAAGGAGAGCCGGAAACAGGAAUAUCUGAGAAAGAUGGGCCUGAGCCAAGAGGGGAACGACGACAUGAAAGGGUUACGAAGACAAGCUAGUGUUUCGAGUGAAAAAGAUAUUAAGGUGGACGAGAGGAACAGCAGAGGUCACGAAAGUUCGAAAGAGGAGCCAAGUCGGCUUUCGAGCAGAUACAGGAAGCAGGAGAGCAAAGAGAGUGACGUGAAAGUUGAGACCAAAGAGAAACAUGAGGACACUAAGGUAAGAGACAGACGGGAAAACAGAGAGAGCACAGGUAGCAAAACAAAGGACAUGAUCUCUAAGUUGCAAGAAAAAAAGGAUGACGACAGAGAGAAGGAGAGGAAAGAAGACUGCAGGAGAAAAGAUGACAGCAAAACCAAAGACAUUAUCUCAAAGCUGCGGGAAAAACAUGAAAAGGAUGUGGGCAAGGAAAAGGAGAGGAGAUCCGAGAGUUUCAGGACACAAGGACUUGUCUCUAAAAUGUUGGAGAAGCAGAACAAGGCACAAGAGAGCCAGGCUCCAGAGUGUAAACCUGAGGAGAAGAGGCCUAAAUCAGAGGAGAAAAGAGCCGAAGAUAAAAACAAACCUGAUGUCAAACUUGAGCGACAACUGUCUGAGAGGGGAGAGGUGCAGGUGAAACGUGAUAAGGCGGAAAAAAGAACAGAUAGAGAAGAGCUGGUUAACCACAGUGACCACGUGAAAGAGAAGGAGAAGAAGAUUAGCACAGAGAAAAAGGAAAAAGAGGAUAGUAAAGGAAAAAGUAAAAAAACAGAGGAAACUGAGAAACUUGGCAACUGCGUGGCCAAAAACACCCCAAACAGCAAGGCGAAAGCGGAAGAGGAGGACGACGAAGACUCCAGCAUGUUUGAUGAGCUAAUGGAGCAGGUUCGGAGCAAUGACCCCUCCCUCGCUGAGCUCAAUGUCAACAACUCAGAGGUCAUCAAGACGAAAACGCUCAUCGAGUUUGCGGAGGCUUUGCGCAACAACACCCACGUCAAGAAGUUCGCUUUGGCUAACUGCCGCGCCGACGACCACGUGGCUUACGCCAUCGCAGGCACGCUACGCAGCAACAAGACCAUCACCAGCAUCAACGUGGACUCCAACCACCUCACUGGCAAAGGCAUCCUGUCUCUGAUCCAGGCGCUGCAGCACAACUCCACACUGACUGAGCUCCGCUUUCAAAACCAGCGUCACAUCUGUGGUGGGAAGACCGAGAUGGAGAUGACCAAGAUCCUGAAAGAAAACACCACCCUGCUCAAACUGGGCUACCACUUUGAGUUAGCAGGACCCAGAAUGACUACGACAAACAUACUAAGUCGCAACAUGGACCGACAGAGGCAGAAGCGCCUGCAGGAGCAGAAGCAGGCCCAGGCCAACGGGGAGAAGAAGGGGGCACUGGAGGUCCCCAAGACGGGUGGUGGAGGAUCUCUGAGAAACUCGCCGAAAGCGUCCCCCAAACCUUCUCCCAUGCCUUCACCAAUGCCAUCGCCAAAGCUGACUCCUAAAAGGGGAGCUGGAGGGCCAACUCCACCUCCACCUCCACCUCCUCCUGGGGGUGGACCUCCACCUCCACCGCCUCCUAUGCUGAAUGUAGACUCCCUGAGGAACUCUCUAACCCCAGUGUCGCAGAGGAAGCUGGAUGGGAAAAGCCCAGGCAGUAGUAAGAACUCAAGGGACCAACUGCUCGCCUCUAUCAGAGGAAGCGAUAUCAAACAACUCAAGAAGGUGCCAGUGCCAAAGUGGUUGCAGUAAUAUUUCCUGUUGGAAUAUGAAGUGAAAACGAAGAGAGAGGGAGAGCAGACAUCUCACCGCAGGUUUAAAAGGAGAUGAACUCUACAUUCCCCCCGGGAUGCGGUCGAAGAGCUGUGCUGUGGGACGGGUGGAGAUGGUGAAACACGAGAUGCCCACCGGUUGGAUGACUAGCCCUCACUAUGAGUUCUCCCCGCAAACACUGGACCAAAAGGACUCUGUGGAGAAUGAGUGAUGCAGGGCUCUCUAUUAGCAGACUGCAGAGGGUGCCAUGGGUUUUGUGGUUGUUUGGCUUCAGUUCAUAUUGAUGCUUUGCUGGUUAUUUGCACUAGAUAAUAUGAAGCCGAUCAUAUAACAUGUUGGCUUGUGUAUUCAUCUGAAUGUGAGCGUGGCGGGAGUGUGCGAUGAGCUUAACAAGUGAUUCAAAUAACUCUUUAUAAAAUCCUAAUAUACAAAAGUUUAUCAGUCAUGUAGUGGACGUUAAUUUGACCAUUUAUUUAUUUGUGGAGUUUGUGGGAAUCCAGCUUAUACUUGUAAGUUAUAAAUCUGAUCAAACUGGGAAUUCUGAAAUGGUGGAAAUAUCAGGGAAUUAACAAACAUGGCGGCCUGACUUAAGAAAAUCUGGGUAAGAAAAAAAUAAGGUCAAGGUGGUCUUUGACUGUGUGUCUCCUUGCCAAAUCUCAAGACAUCUCAGGCAGGGUUUAAUGGAUUGGAAAGCAGCCCAGUGGAAUUGUGUUGCGUGAUGAAAGAGUUUUAGCAUGGAAAUAAUUACAUAAUGCAUUCUUGCCAGGAAGUGCAAAUGUCUGCCCUUCAGUAUCUGAUAUUAUAUUUUGUACAGAAUCAUUCUAUUCUGGGUGUUUGAAUACCUUCCAUAACUUGUAAUACAUCGGCAUUUCUUAACCUGUGGGGGAUUUGGAAAACCAUUACUGGCUUAUGUAUCAACCCUCCUGUUGAUUUGGGCCAUACUUUAAAGUGAAUGUUGUUUUUAAAGGAAUUUAAUGUGAUAAACAAACGUCACAGUGGCACUCGUAUAUGUGCUGUGCAAUGAAGGAUUCUCUGUCAUAUCUGAUUACACAUGCCUUUCUUACAGAGCCUGUAUGUCUCCAAUAAAAGAUUCUGGUAUGUUUGCAAUGAC